AGGGCUGCCGAAGUGAAGCGAGAGGGCUCGAAAAUGUCUGCGUGCAGCGACUUUGUGGAACACAUCUGGAAGCCCGGAUCCUGCCAAAACUGCUUCUGCCCCAGACACUUCCACCAGCUGCAGACGCCGCCCCUCGACCUGGGAAACAGCGGCGGGCUCGCGCAGGAUAAGCGUGGGAUCCGAGCCAAAGCCGAGCCUCUGGAAGAUGACGGCGUGACUCCCUUGCAAUAUUCGAAGCCGACAAUUGCUGUGAAGCCGACGAUGAUAAACUCGGAUAUUUCUGAGGCGUGGUCGGAUGGGAACCCGAGUGCAGAUAUCCCGCAGGUCAACAGGAGAACGGCACCCGGAAAGCAUGUUUUUGUGAAAUCCGGAGAAGAGCAAAAAGCAUACACAGACAGUUUCAGCAAUCACAUCCUAAGGAAGCCGUUCAGUCAGAAGCCUUCAAGCGAUUGUGUUUCACAUGGCCCUUGUGGUCCUUCCUUAGUUGGCACCUCUGCUCCUGCAAACAAGGCGGAAAGAAAUAGGACCUUUCUGGGUGAGUCGGAUGUACAAGAGGAGGGAACCAAAGUGCCCGGCAAGGAGAAGUUGCCAUAUUUGGGCCUCUAUCACAAGCCAUCCAUUUUUAGUGACAGACACGUUAAUUCAGCGAUGGACUCUGUGGGAUACCCUUCCGUGUGUCAAAGAGGGGAGGCGUUCUCUUUAGAGAAAGCCGGUGUAUCCAACUCUCCAGACUUGGAAAAUGAAGGCGGAGAGUACUGCUCCAUUGUAGACUGUUGCAGAGAAUCGCUCGUUCACCGGACCCUAGGAAGUACCGAUGCCAAACCGGCUUGGCCUGAAAGUAAAAAUCACGUUUUGAAGCAAGGUGGUGCAGUCAAUACAGAAACGAAGUCCAGGGCAGUAAAUGUCGGUGAAGAGGAAAGCGGCGCUUUGGAUUACAGUUCAGACUUUCCACGGGACAAACACCCGCACGAUGCCAUAUACAGCCGCUUACACUCCGAAACGGAAAUGUUAGCGUUUCCGACGGGUAACAACAGCCCUGUUGGCUUGUGCCAGGGAACUUAUUGUUGCCCUCUGGAUGGGGCGUCUGAUCAAAUCGAAGACGAGGAUACCGAAAAUGUAAAUGCCACUGCAGGACAGCCGCCCGCUUGCCGGGUGGGCCUCGUCCAGAAUGAGCCCAUCUACGCCGAGAGCACCAAGAGGAAAAAGGUGCCGCUGGGGAACUCCAAUGCACAUCUGAUAAGCAAUGUUUUAGCGUGUAGCCCCUCUGAAGAUCAAACAGAAGGCCACUGGAGGGAAAGGGUGCAUCACUCUGAAAGGGAUUUCCACGAUUCUGCCACUCAGAUAGCGGCGACAAUUACCAUUAUGGCGGCCCACACAGAAAAUGACAACCGGACAAUCUUUCUUAGCAGCCCGGACUCCGCCGUUGGCUUUCAGUGGCCGUGUGUCAGCCCCACCUCUCAUCCAGAAACAGGGAAAACGUCAUCGUUCUUCGAGCAUGUCGAAGGGCCUCAAGAAAGCAGUGAGGUGGUCUUGAGGGGAAACGGCCCUGGUCUUCAGGCGCAAAUGGCUAGCAAGAAUAUGGUGGGCAAGGGUCCUGCUAUCCCCCCAAAGUUAUCUAAAGGGAGCCCACCUAGAAAUGUAGGGUCUGUUGCACAACCGGUCACUUCUCCUGGGGCCAGAACCAGUGACAACGGCGGUCAUGAGGAGGUUGACGUCGCGAAAAAUGGGGCGGACGCCACCGUGGUUGGGCCUUCGUGCUCCCUUCAUGUGAACAGUAUCUCCUUGGAGGAUGCAAAUAGAGGUCUGUCCUCCUCCAGUUCUGAGAGAAGGCACAAAUACUACAAUCUGUCCUGGAGCAGGCAGUGCAGAAUAGAAGAGGAAGAGGAAGAAGAGCAGGGACUCUCAAAAAACACCGAGGAGACGGAAGCGGAGAAUGGGCUAGACGGUCCUUCCAGUCACCAAGAGUGGAGGAACUGCUCUGGACAAGAGAAUAAGACCGGCGGAAUGUGCAAAUCGGCUUCGUUUGCCUUUGAGUUCCCGAAAGACAAGAACGGCAUUGAUGACUUUGCUCCGCCGCCUCCACCGCCAAAGAAGCAAUUCAGGCAUUUUUUAAAAAUGAACAAGAGUAAUUCCGACUUGGAGAAGCUCGGCGGCGACUCUGCAGAAAGCCACAGCCCACCUUUUCAGGCAGUCCACCUCACUUUCACAGCUGGCUCCACGGAUAGUUUGCAUUUGGACACCAUCAGCAAUGGAGGACAGUCAUGCAAAGCGAGCCUGCGUUCACCGACUCGUACUGGGAAGCACAUCUUUCCUCCCGCUCAUGUCCCUGCGUGUUCUGGCCAAGACAGGCCGCACUGCACACCCUUACAGCCACCCCCGCUGCCCCAAAAGAAAACGGUCAGCAGAGCUGUCUCGUCGCCCGAUGGUUUUUACUGGGGCCCGGCCUCUCCGGCCAGAGCAGCAAUUCCCAGAAGCCCCAAGCUGAACUUCAGCCAGUCAGAAAGCAACGUCUGUAUCCGUGAGGAAUCUCUCUUUGGCUCCAACUUGGGGAUGACCCACAGAACGUUUUCGUCUUCUGAGUCGCUGGAGAAAGCCUUCAAAGCGUCCCGGUCCCUGUUCCCGCUCUCUGGUAAGAACGGCAACGUCUGCUGCACCCAGGACCGAAAUUUGCCGCCUCGUUCCUUCUCCCAGCACAAUAUGUCUGCUCGGGCUCCCUCCGGUUCCCGCCUCCAGCUUCACAACCUCCUCAGCAACAUCGACAACAAGGAAGGGGUGUACGCCAAGCUUGGGGGGCUGUACGCCGAGUCGUUGCGCCGCCUCGUGGCGAAAUGCGAAGACUGUUUCAUGCGCGAGCAGAAGAGCGAGCUGCAUUUCAACGAGAACAGCUGGUCUCUCUUCAAACUGACCUGCAACAAGCCCUGUUGCGACUCAGGGGACGCCAUCUACUACUGUGCCACCUGUGCCAAGGACCCCACCAGCACCUAUGCUGUCAAGAUCUGUAAAACUCAAGACACAAAAAUGGCCACCUCAAGCUGCAGCCCGUCAGUCCCGGUCCACUUCAACAUCCAGCAGGACUGCGGGCAUUUCGUAGCGUCGGUGCCCUCCAGCAUGUUGAAAAAUGCUUCUGAGGACAGCCAGGGCCCUUCCCGUGCCACUCCCGAGCAGGACUGCGUGGUCGUCAUAACCCGCGAGGUGCCGCACCAGACUGCCGCGGACUUCGUGCAGAACGCUGUCGCUUUCCAUCAAGCAAAGCCCGAGCUGUACGAGCGGCGGGUUUGUUUCCUCCUGCUGCAGCUCUGCAACGGGCUGGAGCAUCUCAAGGAGUACAGCGUCAUCCACAGAGACCUUUGCCUGGAGAACUUGCUGCUGGCCCGCUGCAAACCUUCUCCCGGCUGCAGCCGAACCAAAGAGGACAUGUCUCUGCCCAGGCUCAUCAUCAGCAACUUCUUGAAAGCCAAGCAGAAAUCUGGGCCCGCUGAGUCCAAGGUGAAAAGGAACCAGGCCCGGCUGGCUCCCGAAAUCGUGUCCGCCUCCCAGUACAAAAAGUUCGACGAGUUCCAAACCGGCAUCCUCAUCUAUGAGCUGCUGCACCAGCCCAACCCGUUCGAAGUGAAGGCACGGCUCAGGGAAGAGGAGUACGGCCCGGACGACCUCCCCCCACUCCCAUACCUUUCGAUUUACUCCCCGGGACUCCAGCAACUCGCUCACCUGCUGCUGGAGGCAGACCCGAUCAAGCGCAUCCGCAUCACCGAGGCGAAGCGGGUUCUGCAGUGUCUGCUCUGGGGGCCCAGGAAAGACUUGACGGAGCAGCCCCUCGACCACCCGGAGGCCCUCCACGAUGCUCUUCACAACUGGGUGGACAUGAAACGGGCCUUGCUCAUGAUGAAGUUCGCGGAGAGGGCUGUGGACGCAGAGCGGAGUAUCGAGCUGGAGGACUGGCUCUGUUGUCAGUAUUUAGCCUCCGCCGAUCCGUUUUCUCUUUCCAAGUCGCUGAAACUUCUUCAGCUGCUCUGA